GCUGUGCACAACAAAUAUCUGACACCCCUCUCUUUCUUUCUUUCUCUCCACCAUCCGCCGACGAUUAAUAGGCCAUGCUAAAUGACGGAUGCCCUGAUUGCAACACACCCCUGAUGCGCAACCGUGAGGCAACCAGCCAGAUCUGCGUCAACUGUGAACUGAAUCCACCAGUCGACCCCGAGGAGGGCAACAACGACAAUGACAAGACCGCACAGCAGACAGAGUCUGAACAGUCGGCGCAGCCAACAGAACAGCCUGCACAGGCAAACCAGCCUCUGCCGCCACCACCAACCAAACUAGCUCCCUCUCCACCAGGCCCUCCCCGUCCAAAUUCGCCCCAAAAUCACCGCGCAUCCGUGCUGGAUCCGAUGAUGGAAGCACGCAGGGCGCUGCGCCCAGUCGGCAGUCGCAACAUCGGCAGCUCUGGCGGCCCCCAGCCUCCUUCAACACCUCCUCCACCAAGAUCGUUGACAUCGCUGCCCAUGCCCCCGAUCACAGCACCACCGGGCGUCGCCGCAAAGACUGUAUCGGGACCCUUGCUAGGAAAGGGAGCUACGAUCCCUCGUCCUGCAGGAACCCCGCCAGCCUUGCCAUCAACACCUCCACCGCCAGCCGGCACCCUUCUUCCUCAGCUUAUACCAAGGGAUAUGAGGCGCUCUCCUCAGAGUUCAGUGGUUCUCUCAGGCAAUAUUCUUCCACCCUCCACACCCCCUCCACCUCCACCCGUGUCAACACCGUCUUCAAGCUCCUUCCCCAAUCCUCCCAACCACCCCCCUCCUUCUCGAACGUCAGGUCCCAUCUCUAUCCCUGCCUCCAACGGUGAUUCCGUCGUCGUCGCAACCGAGGAUAAAGAAUCGGUGCAGACAGCAGAGGCUGUGGAAGAGAAUGUUGUUAAAGCCGACAGUGCGGAAGCAGCACCAGAAACGACAACGGAAGAGACCGCGGAGGAGUCGCCGGCACCGGUAGCCGAGAACGUAGAGAAGACAGAGGAGAUGGAAAUAGAGUCAACACAGGAACCUAUUCAGCAGGACGCUGCUCCUGAACUAACUCAGAAGGCCACACCAGAAACUGUCCAAGAAGCUGCACAAGAGUCUGUUCAAGAGAUUGUUCAAGAGGUUGUUCAUGAAGCUGUCCAGGAGGCUGUCCAGGAGGCUGUUCAAGAGGCUGUUCAAGAGAGUUCCCAGGAACCUGUCCAGAAAACUGCCGUGGAUGCGACUCAGAAGACUACCCAGGAAACCACGGAGGAGGCUACUCAGGAGACUGUUCAGGAAUCUGCGCAGACUAGCGCUCCGGGGCAGGAACAGCAGACUGAGCAAGCAGACGAUGAAGAAGAGGAUGACAAGGGCGCCGAGAGCGACGACGACUUUGAGGAUGCGGAGGAGGAGGUAUAUAAGCCCUCUGAGGAGGAGAUCAAGGUUCGCGAGACCAAGAGGGAGCAGAGUGAACAUGCCUCAAAGCUGAUCGGACAAAAGAUGCUGCAGGGCUGGACCAUGUUGCAGGACCCAUGUCCCAAUCCUUCUUGUCACGGUGUGCCACUGAUGAGGAGUCGUGAGAAGAAGGAGUACUGUGUUGUCUGCGAAAACUAUUAUCAGCGGGAGGAGGACUUGGAGCAGGGAAAGUACACGAUCGUAUCAGCAGAUAACGGUAACGCUGCUCCUGCUGUUGCUGCUGCACCAGCUGCCCCAGCUGCCCCAGCUCCUGCCGUUACUAUGCCGGCACCUGCAGCCAUACCAGUACCUCCUGCGGCAUCGGUUCUGCCUGCAAUGCCAUUGAAUUUCCCCCCUCCUCCACAGGCGCCUUCGCCUGCGAUCCCUCCUCAGUACCAGGGUACCUCGAACGCUACUUCACCUGGUAUCAGGGCUGUUUCCUCGCCUAUCUCAAGUCCUUCCAUGGGUCGCAGUCAACGUGAGCUCCUUGGUCGAGUAUCAAAUUCGAUCAUUCUCCCUCCAGCGACUUCAUCAAAUCUUGGUGGUGCUGGUCAACAGAUCCUAGGGAAGCAUAUGAGCGAGGAUCUGGAUAAGUUGGCAUCAGAGGAUGAGGAGUCGAGGAGACACAUUCAGAUUAUUCGCAAGGUUGGCGAGUUUUCCAACAAGUCGCUCCCGCCGGUCCCUGUCCCUGCAGCAACGACUUCACAGUAUGGAUCGCGUCCGAUAUCGACGUAUUCGAAUUCUUCGGAUAUCCCGUCAGAGUACGAGAGACAGGAGCCAAGGAACUAUCGCCAUUAUCCUAGCCAACGUCAAGGCUAUGGACAAGGUUUGUCGUCUCAGCUUGGAUCCGGAGGUCAAGGUGGUGAUAGCAACAGCAGUACGCCAACACCCCCUCCGCCUGCACCGCUGGCACCGGAGGUGCAGGCUUUAGUUGCAGCAACACACAGGACGAUUGCGACGAUCUUGGUGAAAUUGGAAGCCUACAGAUUGGCAUUGGAGAUGGCUGAAAGCCCCAAGGAGUGCCAGGUGUUGACAGCACAAAUCAAGGGCCUUAUGGAGUGUCUCAAAGCCUGCCGCGAGGCCCUUUAAAGUUGUUGAGCUGCACUGUGUCUUUUACCACCACUUUUUCAGUUAUUAGUUUUCUGACUGAUUUUUUUUUUCUUUGCCAUGCGCAUACACUUUAUGAAUCCCCCUACGACUCUUUCGAUUUAUGAUAUCCUUUACGACCUCGCCGCUACGACCUUGACACUUUAUAAUUCAUCAAGUAUUUAGACAAAUAAAUAAACAAUAAAUCAAAAACAUUAUAUACUAGAUCCAUCCAAGAGGGAAGGAGGGGGAUGAGAAAGUGAAAAGGAAGGCGAUGGUGAAGAAGCCCUUGCCGUGUAUCCAAGUGUCGUGCUUGUUGAGGAGAGGGAAGAGGAGACAGUGGCGUAGAAGCAGUCGUGCAUGGUCUUCAUUGAG